CCUCGAUGUGGCCGGGCCGGGCCGGGCUGCUCCGUGCGCUCGGCUCCGCUGCGGCGGGGCCGGCGGGGCCACCCUGCGCCGGGACCCGCCGCGCCGAGUUACCGCCCUGCAGCGCCUGGGUUGCGCCAGGCUGGCGGGCGCGCAGCUGGAGCCGCUGACGGUGCUGGCGCAGGCGGGCACCGGGCACUGCCGGCGGGUGCUGUGCGGCGCCGGUCGUAGCCUGUACCACACCGAGGCGUGCGGGCCCUCUGGAAGGGGAACCUCAUGGCCUGUCUGCGCCUCUGCUCCUACGGCGCCCUGAAGUUCACCGCUUCCCGCCGGCCCAGAGUCUUUGGCUUCCCCACUAUGGAGGAGUUGAUGUCCAUUUUACUGGCAUGGCUGACUGCUUCUGACAAACUGUGAAGAACAAAGGUAUGCUUGGACUUUGGAGUGGACUCACACCCAGUCUGCUCAAGGUGCAGCACGCCAGCAAACAAAUCUCCGCUGAGAAGCAGUACAAGGGCAUCAUCGACUGUGUGGUGCGCAUCCCGCGGGAGCAGGGCGUCCUCUCCUUCUGGCGCGGCAACUUGGCCAAUGUGAUCCGGUACUUCCCCACCCAAGCCCUCAACUUCGCCUUCAAGGAUAAGUACAAACAGAUCUUCCUGGGCAGCGUGGACAAGCGAACCCAGUUCUGGCGGUACUUCGCCGGUAACCUCGCAUCCGGGGGUGCCGCCGGCGCGACCUCCCUCUGCUUCGUCUACCCCCUUGACUUUGCCCGAACCCGCCUGGCAGCGGAUGUGGGUAAAGCCGGGGCCGACCGGGAGUUCAGUGGGCUUGGUGACUGCCUGAUCAAAAUCUUCCGCUCAGAUGGCCUUGGGGGCCUGUACCAGGGCUUCAGUGUCUCUGUCCAAGGCAUCAUCAUUUACAGAGCCGCCUACUUUGGUAUCUACGACACCGCAAAGGGCAUGCUUCCAGACCCAAAGAACACCCACAUUGUUGUCAGCUGGAUGAUUGCUCAGACAGUCACUGCUGUCGCUGGUUUGGUCUCCUACCCUUUUGAUACAGUUCGUCGUCGCAUGAUGAUGCAGUCUGGCCGUAAAGGAGCUGACAUAAUGUACUCUGGCACUCUUGACUGCUGGCGGAAGAUUGCCCAGGAUGAGGGCUCCAAGGCCUUUUUCAAAGGUGCAUGGUCAAACGUACUCUGAGGAAUGGGUGGUGCAUUUGUCUUAGUCCUGUAUGAUGAAAUCAAGAAGUAUACAUAAGUUUUCCUGUUGUGAAGUGGCAUGUUGUUCUGUGUAGUUUGUGACCAUUCAUGGACUUGUUUGAAAACUAUCUAGUUACUAAACAGUGGCGGCUGGUGUUUAUACAGAUUGGCAUGGGGCAGGGGUGACUGCCUGCCCUGUCUUUAUCAAACUAUUCCCCCUGAUGGGACUCAUGAUGGUUUCUAUUUCAGCCAUUCCUGUUUAAAGAGUACAGAGAAAUAAAAUUCUGAAACCAAUUUUCCUCAUCUCAUGUUUGUUCUUACAGCAGUUGAAGUAUGAGGGGCUUGGGGGCCUCAGCAAUUGUAGAGAAGGAGGAAGAGGAACAAUCUCCAUCCUGCAAGCCUUGGUACCUGCUAAGUACUGGCAGGUAAACACAGUGCAGGCUGCCAAGGAAGCCAGGUAGUGUUUCCUCCAGUGGUGUCUAGCCUGGAAUGGGGACUGGCAGCUCUGAAGGGCUCACCCAGUGUCUUGGU